GUUUUUGCUCUGUUCUGUUCUCGUCGGCUCAGCUCAACCCCAACAGAGAAACCAGAAAGCGAAGGAUUAGGGUCUCUCCAGCCUAUCGAACGCUCUCUUCCACAUCGAUCGACAGCCAGAUCCAGGAUUAGGUUGGGUUUUCUCUCUUCCUCAUUCGCUUUUCUUCCUCUCCUCUUCAUCCCAGUCAGCCCUAGGGUUUGGAUUCCGAUAUGCCUAGCUAUGGCACUAUCGAGACUGCGCCAUGGCCGGAGCCGGGGGCCUCAACCUCCCGCACCGGCGAUAUUUUUUCCCGAGCUAAGGAACGCAGUAAGGCACUGAUCGCUACUCGCCGGCCAUGGCGGGAGCUCGCCGACCCAUCGACCUUUGCUUGGCUCCAUUCUUACAGCGAUGCCAUGACACGCUUCCGCUGCAACCUCUCUUACUUCAGCGUCAACUACGCUAUUAUUGUCCUACUUGUGCUAUUCCUCAGCCUCCUGUGGCAUCCGAUCUCCAUGAUCGUCUUCAUCGCCGUGUUCGUCGCCUGGUUUUUCCUUUAUUUCUUCCGCGAUGAACCGCUAGUCCUCUUCCGCCUCACCAUUGACGAUCGUCCUGUUCUCGCCACGCUAUCCGUCGUCACAGUGGUGGCUCUGGUCUUCACUGGUGUUGGCCUCAAUGUUCUCGUUUCGCUGAUCGUAGGGCUCGUGCUGGUUGGUUUGCAUGCCAUAUUUCGGGCUACAGAUGAUCACUUUUUGGAUGAGCAAGAAGCUGAGAAUAGGGGUUUGUUAUCUGUGGUUGGGAGCACCAUAGGCCAGAACUAUGCUUGAGGAAUUUGAAUGUUCUUUUUAUAUUUGGUAGAGGAUGGAUUACGAUUGAUUCGUUGAUGUUAGAAGUCGGCCAUGUUGUUUGCUUCAGAGUUGAGGCCCUGGAAUGGUUCUGUUUGCUUCACUGGGAAAACCACAGGCUAAAAGGUGAUUUCUUGCGCCAGUUCAUCCAGAUCAUGUUCUGUUUUGUAUCAAAAUAAGUUUGUAUUUUUCUUUAGUCUAACAUAUCUUUGUUGGACGUGCCAUCUUUUUGGGGGCUUUAGAAAUGCUUUUUGUAUUUGUCUAUUUUGUUGACCGCUCACCACAAAACACACCUUGAUGCUUUUUGUCCUUGUUUGUCAUUAAAUUCUACAUAAAGUUGAGUGCAUUAU